GCACAGCAGCUGACACGACCCGGAUCCCCCUGCCCUCCACUGGAGCGUUAUUGUGAUUCUGUUGGUUUCUUUUUGAGCGGGGGCUAUAGUGUGGUACAGCACCCACCUUUGCCUUACAACAAGUCCCAUCUCAUGCACAGCCUCAUACUGGUCGAGUCCCAGUCAGCCGCGCUCUUCCCCGGGCCCGUCCGGCUCACCUGGCUGCUCCUCACCGUCUCCCUCACCUGCACAGACAUGGGCUGCAUCCAGAGCAUCGCCUGCAACAAGUCGCGCAUCAAGCGGGAGAACAUCGUGGUGUACGACCUGUCCGCCACCAUCGACCACUGCCCCACUGUCAUCGAGGAGAACUCGCCCAUCGUGCUCCGCUACAAGACGCCCUACUUCAAGGCGUCAGCGCGGGUCGUCAUGCCGCCUAUUUCGCGCAACGAGACCUGGGUGGUGGGCUGGAUCCAGGCGUGCACCCAGAUGGAGUUCUACAACACCUACGGGGACGUCGGCAUGUCGAGCUGGGAGCUGCCUCAGCUGCGCGAGGGCCUGGUGAGGGCCAUCAGCGACUCAGACGGCGUGAGCUACCCCUGGUACGGAAAUACAACAGAGACUGUCACCAUAGUGGGCCCCACCUCCAAGCCGUCCCGCUUCGUCGUCAGCAUGAACGACAAUUUCUACCCCAGCGUCACCUGGGCCGUGCCGGUCAGCGAAUCCAACACGCCCUUACUGACUAACAUCAAAAGGGACCAGAGCUUUACCACGUGGCUGGUGGCGCUCAACACCACGUCCAGGGAAAAGAUCCUGCUCCACACCAUCAAGUGGAGGAUGAGGGUCGAUAUCACGGUGGAUCCGACCCUGCCCCUGGGCUCCAGGGCCAGACUGGUGGGCCGGGUGCAUCAGGACCAGCCUCGGGUGCUGACCCGCAUGGAGCCCAUCCCUCUCAACGCGAUGGGGAGGCCCAACGCCAACGACGCCCAGGUUCUGAUGUGGAGGCCGAGGAGAGGGCCUCCGCUUGUCGUCAUACCGCCCAAAUAA